UGCUCUUCAGGUGUACUCUGCAAGGCAGUGCGAGCAAUGGACAUUCUGAUUGGCUUCCAAGGACAACGUCAUGCGCGCGACUCAUUCUGGUUGGUUGGCGAAUUCUCAGAACUGCAUCUCGCAGACGGACUUAAACGCAAGUGACGCACAUUUGCGCGGUAUUUCUUUCCUAGUGUACAUGCGCCCCACUUUCUCUGGGGGUACCGGGCGGCGCCGAGGAUCAACUUCAGUUGGCCCUUCAGCCUUUGCCAGGGAUGGACUGUCAGCGGUCGCUCCACCUGCUUUUCCUCUGUCUGUCUUCUGAGGCGACAUCUUACGUCUUCAAGAGGGAAAUAUGUGAAACGGGAGAGAAACGGUUUGAGACGACUUACGGCGAUGGCUACAACCUUCGGCUUUACGUCAGGUCAUCCGCGAUCGACGACUUAGAGGUAGAAGUGGAGUUUGCGGACGUCGGCCUCAUCUGGACGAAGACCUUCAGCCUCGGGAACGAAACUUAUAAGUUCGUCGCCGACCGCAACGGCGUCACGUGGACCGAAGUAUUCGUCAAAUCCUUCAGAGACUCUUACUGCCAGCAACACAAGGACCUCACCCCAGGAGCCUCUGAGAAGACUUGUGACGUGGGGAAAAAGCAGGUCGUCUCAUUCCCGGACGCCGUCAUCCUUGGAAGGAACUGUAACGGACGUCGAGCUAUAUGGAUGGUAUCUGCCGUCACGGGGGUGGCGAUAAUUCUCAUGACCAUUCUCGCAGCCACCUUCCUCAAAAACCUCGUCGGCUGUGGUUGCAAGAAGGGCACCAGCAAGAACGCUCCUGCGCCCGCGAAUAAGGCCACGAGAGCCCGCGCCAGCAGACGAGCGUUGAGAGGGACGACAGGGAAUUCCCUCGGCGAGGAAGGACACGCCCCCGAGACGCUGGACCGCCCGCCGUCCUACGAAGAGGCGGUUGGGGACGCCCCGCCCUCCUACGAGUUCAGUAGAAGGCAGGUCGGCGGGGUGACGUCGAAGGGUCUUCUCCGGAAAGAAAUGGUGGUAGACGAUGGUGAUGAUGUCCAUUCACCUGGUCCACUAGACCUCGAACUCUCGUCUCCGUGAGAACCUCCUCCACGGGAAACGUACAACCCAGUAACCAGAGGACUGUAGGAAUGGACG